UGUGCGGGGGCUGUGUGACAGUGCAGAUGGAGCGUGCGCUUCUCUCUCGCACGUGGUCUGGAGCUGCCUGAGCGUCUGCUCCAGGAUCUACCCCUCUCGGGCGGUGACUCCUCCCCACGUGGCGCAGGUCUCCGGCAGGCUGGGAAGGCUGGAUAAAAAGGCUCAGACGCCUGACUCAGCACCCGCAGUGGCUCCCGGGACACAGAUAGGUUACUGGGGCUUGGCUGAACGACAGAGACUGUGGCUGUGAAACAGGCCGCGCUGUCGGCAGACUGCCUUCCAUUGCUUCUUCUCCUCUCUGCUCCAGGGGCAGCCCUGUGCUCAGGCCUCCGGACCCUCAGUACCAGCUGUCGCCAUGACGGCGCAGAUGCAGCAGGAGAGCGGGAGACCCCCGGAGGAGGAGGAGAAGGAGGAGGUGCUCCAGGCCAGGGGCCAGUGGGCCAGCAAGGCCGAGUUCCUGCUGGCCGUGGCGGGGCAGAUUGUGGGGCUGGGGAACGUGUGGAGGUUCCCUUACCUGUGCUACAAGAACGGUGGAGGUGUGUUUUUUAUUCCCUACCUGCUGUUCCUGGUGCUGUGUGGCAUCCCGCUCUUUCUGCUGGAGACAUCGCUGGGUCAGUACACCAGCCUGGGAGGAAUCAGCGCCUGGAGGAAGAUCUGCCCUCUGUUUGGAGGUCUGGGCUAUGCCAGUCAGGUCAUCAUUCUCCAUGGCUCUGUGUAUUACAUCAUCAUCCUGGCUUGGGCACUCUUCUACCUGAUACAGAGCUUCCAGCCACAGCUCCCCUGGGCCCAUUGUAACAACACCUGGAACACAGAUGCAUGCCUGCAGUUUGAUGGAGAUAACUUUACUGCUAAUGGGAGCAGCCUGCCUCAAAAUGCCACAUCCCCCAUCAUGGAGUUCUGGGAGAGGGAGGUGCUGCAGCUUUCCUCUGGUAUGGAUGUCCUGGGUCCGGUGAACUGGAGGUUGGCGUUGUGUCUGUUUGUGACCUGGGUCGUCUGCUACUUCUGUGUGUGGAAGGGGGUCAAGUCCACGGGCAAGGUGGUGUAUGUCACAGCCACGUUCCCCUAUGUAAUGUUGGUGGUUCUGCUCCUCCGUGGAGUCACCCUGCCAGGGGCGUAUGAGGGCCUGGUGUACUACCUCAAACCCAACCACACCCGACUGGCUGACCCACAGGUCUGGAUGGAUGCUGGCACACAAGUCUUCUUCUCCUAUGGCAUCUGUCUGGGAAGCCUCACUGCACUAGGCAGCUACAAUAAAUACAACAAUGACUGCCACAAGGACUGUUUUACUCUGUGUCUGCUGAAUAGUGCCACCAGCUUCAUGGCUGGUUUCGCCAUAUUCUCCGUGCUGGGCUUCAUGGCACAAGAACAGGGUGUAGACAUCGGAGAGGUGGCACAGUCAGGUCCUGGUCUGGCCUUUGUUGUGUUCCCCCGAGCCGUGACCAUGAUGCCCCUCCCUCAGCUCUGGGCAGUGUGCUUCUUUCUCAUGAUAAUCAUGCUGGGACUCGACACACAGUUUGUGGCUUUGGAGGCGGUGAUGACAUCACUGACAGACCUGUACCCAGCGUUCGUCCGCAGAGGUCACCGGCGGGAGCUCCUACUGCUGCUCGUGUGCACAGUCUGCUUCCUGAUUGGCCUGGUCAUGGUCACCCCGGGUGGUCUGUACGUGUUCCAGGUCUAUGAUCAGUUCUCCUGCAGUGGACCCAGUCUGCUGCUUCUCUCCAUUUUUCAGUCUGUCUGUGUGGGCUGGGUGUAUGGUGCGGACCGGUUCAGCCAGAACAUUGAGGACAUGAUUGGGUACCGGCCACUGCCCAUCUUUAAACUAUGCUGGCGGUACCUGACCCCCGCUGUGUGUGUGGGCACUUUUUUGUUCUCUCUGGUGUGCUGGUCCCCCUUGACCCUGAGUAACGGGCUGGAGGCUCCAGGAUGGUUGACUGCACUGGGGUGGAUGUUAACCUUGUCCUCUGUAUCCCUGCUCCCCCUGUGGGCAAUUUACGCCCUGGCCACAUCCUCUGGCAGCCUCACCCAGCGGCUUGAGCGACUGUGCCACCCAGCAGAGGUCUCACCCCUGGUCCAGAAGCACAGUGUGACAUUCUCACCUUUGACCUGUGACAAAAGGUUAAUAUUGAUGAUGGAGAAGCUCAAAGAACCCACGGGGAAAGGGCCGUAAAGAAGAUGGCGGGGGUCCCGGGGCUGGGCUAGUACUGGGCCAGUACUUGAGCUUUAAGGAGCCGCUGGGCACUGAUCGUGGGCUGGUGAAUCAAGGCUUAGAGGUCAAAGUUGAAAGGGUAAAGGUGGGGAGCCAGGCAUAUUUGUGAGUGGUCGGGAUGGGACUGGUUUGUUCCAGCACCGAUUUGUUCACUCGAGACAGCAUGCCUGAGACUGUUGGAUUGUGGGAUAGCCUUCUGAAGAAGGCUGAAGACUUGACACAUGCCGCACACCAACCCAACAGCUCAAGGAGUCAAAAAGAGUGGAUACAAUGAAAGAAAAAGACUCACGCACUUGAUAUAACGGCCCAAAAAUGUAUUUUGUAUAGUGAAUUUCACCGAAGAGUGUCACAAACAUGCUUUACUGAGUAACAGAAGGGGGAAAAAAACAAAAGGCUAACACCAGGCCUGAAUCCUGAAAUAGAAAAUACAUGAACUGAGGGAGAAAACGCCUAAAAAAAUAAGGUGAGAUGUUAACACUGGAUAAAAAUUUUAAUUUUAGAGGGCGAUAUGAAGAGUAAGCUGCCGCACAGCCAAAGCUGCCUCCCCAUAGAUCGCUGUAUAUGCACAGGGCACAUUCACUGCUGACUGUAACCUGAUGCUUCUCACACUGAUUCACUCCAGGGAUUUUCACACACAACAGAGUCUCUAGAGUAGGGAAUGGUGCGAAAAACAAAAAAACAUCCAGUGUGCAGCAGUUCUGCAGGCAAAAACACAUUGUUAAUGAGAGAGGUCAGAGGAGAAUGGCGAGACUGGUUCAAGCUGACAGGAGGUGACAGUAACACAAAUAACCACACAUUACAACAGUGGUAUGCAGAAGAGCAUCUCUGAACACACAAUGCAUCAGACCUCUUAAAUUGAUAGACUACAGCAGCAGAAGACCAAUAAGUCUAAAAAAGUCUAAUAAAUACCGAAUAAGUGUUCAGUCAUAUUUUCAGACUUUCAGUUGCCUGACACCAGCCAACUACUGCCAAUAUUUCACAAAUACUGAACGGCUGAAGUCUUUAAAAUGUCUUGAUCAAAACAAUGUCAAAUUAUCCAAGUCAGCAUUCCAGGAAACCUCUCAGGAAAUGUCUCGCCACAUUCAGUAAGUGACUGGUUUGUUUUGCAGUGGAACUUGAUUUGCUAGUUUAACAUGUUGCACUACAGUCUCUUUUCUCUUCCAUAAUGCCUCCAAAUAUGUCCUUUAUUUAUUGAGAGCUGUAGAAAUGUACUGGUUGCUAUCUGAGACAAAACAUCCCUGUGUGCCAUGAGUCUGAAACAAACUCAAUUUGUACGGGCAAAAUAAAUGAAUUAUGAGAAGAA